UUUCGCGCCAGAUUACAAUUUUCCGCCAUUUCUGCGAACAAUAGCGAAUUCUGAAAUUCAGUAGCAUCUUGUCUGAUUUUAAUGGGUUUCUUUCAUUUUGUCGAUACGAAAAGGUUAUAGGAACGUUGAUGUGGUAUAUCUGUUAUAAAUCAUGGCUAAAAUCCACAUCAAUGAUGUGACAAUUCACCAAAAUCCUUCCCCAUUUUCGAGUCCCUUCGAGUUUCAGAUAACGUUCGAGUGCACAGAAGAACUCAACGACGAUUUAGAGUGGAAAAUUAUAUACGUCGGAUCUGCUGAGAGUGAUGCACACGAUCAAGUGUUGGACUCGGUUUUGGUUGGGCCUGUUCCAAUUGGGAGACACACAUUUGUAUUUCAGGCUAAAUCCCCAGAUCCAAGUCAAAUCCCGGACGAAGACCUGGUUGGUGUGACUGUGGUCCUCUUGACUUGUUCUUACAAAGACAGAGAGUUUGUACGAGUUGGCUACUAUGUGAACAAUGAGUAUACAGAGGAAGAGAUGAGAGAGAAUCCUCCAGCAAGGCCCGUCAUAGAAAAGCUUCAAAGAAAUAUUCUCCACUCCAAGCCUCGGGUAACAAGAUUUAAGAUUGACUGGAAUGAUUAACUUAAAUAGAAAGUCUGUUUUCAUAAUUGUUACAUGUACAUGAUAUUGUACAGCUGUAUUUAUAUAGUUUGAUUUCAUGAGAUGUUAUCAUGAGUCCUUUUGUAAAAAAAUGUUGUAUUUUAAAAUGAUUAGUGUGAAAUAACUUUGUUUCUUUCCAUUUUUUUUCUGUUCUCACUGGCCAAUACUUUACUUGUGUACUUAGUGGAAAUUAAUUUUAAGUACUGCUUAAUGGUGCAUUCAUUUUAAUUUUGUGUUUAUUAUUUGUUGAGUUACAUUUAAUUUCUUGUGUAGUAAUUUGUUCUUUUCCAUGACCACCAUGCAUAAAUAAUGUUUACAGACUUGCAAGGUCCUUUAAUUUAAAAAGAACCAUUGAACACUUUUAUACUCAU